AUGCAGACAUCACUGAAGCUGAUCUAGUGCAUACUAAAUGUGCACUUCAUAACUAACCCAUACAUAACGCAAUGUGUGCAUGGACAGCAGUGGAUUGUUUCGUUAUGGCUGAUGCAUAAUCUGACACGUUGUUGCAUUUGCGUUUAAUUCUGAAAAAUGAUAGUGUUUCUAUCGCGCAUGGCUAAAUCUCCCCUCGAGAUCUCCGUGGAAAAGGUCUUCCUGUCAGCAGCAUCCCACCGUUACUAUGAUAUCUGUGGAGCGAUCGCGCCUGAAGGUGAAACAAGAGGCAUUUGAUUCAACAUGAGUGCAAGCGUUGAGUGUCGAUGGAGUCUCUGAACGCCGUGGAGCUCCGUGAACUGGGGGAUGGGAGCAGGCGAGAACCUCCUCAGGCCUCCUCAGGACGCACUGGCAUUGAAAAUGCAUCAUUCGAGGAUGAGGAUCAGGGAACGAGGAUCCGUGUUACCUCCAAAACAUCUGGACCUGAGUUCACGUCCGUUGACUCUCAGUCAAAUCCGCUGCCUAUUCAGAGAGAAGUGCCAUCACCACGCUCCGAAGACGAACCCGAGCUUGAGUAUAACGGCCAAUCGGUGGAUUACGGGUUCAUUUUCGCGCUCAUUUUUCUCGUGAGCGGAAUCAUAUUGGUGGUAAUCGCCUACACCAUCCCAAGAGAGGCUAAGGUCAACCCGGACCAAGUGACAGCGCGGCAGAUGGAGAAACUGGAGAUGUACUAUGCACAACUCGGUUCUCACCUCGACAAAUGUAUUAUUGCAGGACUUGGUUUGCUCACUCUGGGAGGAAUGCUCUUAUCCAUUUUAUUAAUGGUGUCUAUAUGCAAAGGGGAGCUGUAUCGCCGGAGGACUUUCGCUAGGAGACCCAUGAAAUCAUACGGAUCCAUUAAUAUGAGGAUGAGGCAGUUAGCUGAGGGUGAUGGGAGGGAGACGCUUGUGGAAUGUGAACCGAACGCCACCGCAGACGCCGCGAACGGUAAUCAGGUUCCUUCUGGAACGCUAAACACGUAGCACAACUGAAUCACAUUUAAAAACCUGUAGAUUUUCAGUCCUAAAAGGAAAUAGUGCUUGCAAGGCAGCUUAAAUAAAGGUUUUAGAUAAGUUUAAGUUUUUGGCUUUGAUAAUCUGAAGAUAAAACACCUCAUCAGAGCCACAGUUGCUGUUGCCAUGACUUUAUCUGUCUGCUGUGUUGCCAGAUCUGAAAAAGCAACUUAUCCAAAAAAUACUCUCGAAUUGCGUAUAAUAGAUGGACAUGGCAAUACUGAUCAUAGCAUAAAAAGCAACCCAGAUUUCAAAAAGCAAUUUAUGCAAAAAGCAAUCCCAAAUUGCAUAUAACAGGUGGACAUGGCAACACUGAUCAUAGCAUAAAAAGCAACUUAACCACAAAACAAUCCCAAAUUGUGUAUAAUAGGUGGACAUGGCAACACUGAUCAAAGCAUAAAUAGCAACCCAGGUCUCAAAAAGCAAUUUAUCAAAAAAAAAAAAAAACUAAUUGUGUAUAAUAGGUGGUCAUGGUAACACUGAUCAUAGCAUAAAAAGCAACCCAGAUCUCAAAAAGCAAUUUAUCCAAAAAAAAACCCCAAACUGUGUAUAAUAGGUGGACAUGCCAACACUGAUCAUAGUGUAAAAAACAACCCAGAUCUCAAAAAGCAGCUUAUUCAGAAAACAAUCCCAAAUUGCAUAUAAUGGGUGGACAUGGCAACACUGAUCAUAGCAUAAAAAAAGCAACUUAUCCAAAAAACAAUCCCAAAUUGCGUAUAAUGGGUGGAGAUGGCAACACUGAUCAUAGCAUAAAAAAGCAACUUAUCCAAAAAACAAUCCCAAAUUGUGUAUAAUGGGUGGAGAUGGCAACACUGAUCAUAGCAUAAAAAAGCAACUUAUCCAAAAAACAAUCCCAAAUUGCGUAUAAUGGGUGGAGAUGGCAACACUGAUCAUAGCAUAAAAAAGCAACUUAUCCAAAAAACAAUCCCAAAUUGCGUAUAAUGGGUGGAGAUGGCAACACUGAUCAUAGCAUAAAUAGCAACUUAACCAAAAAACAAUCACAAAUUGCGUAUAAUAGUUGGACAUCAUCAACAUACAUCAUAGUAGCAAUGGUUGUACAGUCUUCGGUUUAAACUUUCUGUCAUCACUAAACAAUUUUAUGUCACAAUGCAAUGUCUUGACACUUCUAUAAAGCAGGUUUCAUUUUCAUUUGUGCCAAAAUAUUCAUUCUUAUUUUCUCCUCUCAAUUCUGGGGUGAAAUAUGAUGUUUUCACAUACAGUAACCUGCUCAUGCUGCCUUGCAAGCACUAUCAUCAUAUUAACCAAGGCGUAGGCAAACAUGCAAAGAGACAGAAUGUGACGGUGCAAAGAGAUGUUAACAACUCAAAAGACUGUUGAAUGAAAGCACAACGGUGAAGCGUCAUAAUAACUCAACAUGCUGCAGAACAAACCGCCAUCAGCUACUUUACAAAACUUGAAAUAAAUGUCUAUAUAAUCUAUAACAUCACUAAAGACACUAUGAGUGGAAUAUAUACAAGCUAUUAUUAUCCAAGGAUGCAAUAUGCCUUAAGACAUUACAAAUGUUCACCGUGAACACAUUUAGGCUUGUUUGUAUUUGUAUACUGUUCGUGUUUUGUAUCUGUGUCACACACUUACUCGUUGUCAUCAACCCACAUUCUCGGAGUAGAAGACAAUGUACCGCAACCAAGGGAAUAGACAUAUGAAUGCUUAACGUUUUAAACAAGAUAUCUAUUUUACAAUAUCUAUCAUUAUGGUAAUUUAGUAGAUUUGUGCUAACAAUUAACAAAAAUGUGAAGUUUUACUGUCAUGGUGCAAUAUGCAUUAGAUUCCAGUAGAGAAAUAUAUAUUUCCAUAUCAAUGUUCAGGUUAUGAGGUUGUUGUCUUCUCAGUGACACAACAGAUAUAUGCUACUGUAUGCUUUAAGAAUAUGCUCAUCGCCCCUUUUAAAACAAAGCUAUUGUUAUAGCACACAAGCAGAGGUUCAUGUCCAUGGUUUGGUUUUCCUGUUGUUUUCUAUAAGUACACUGUUCAAAAGCAAAACUAAGCAGAAACCUAAUAACAGUGGAUGUAUUACACAUCUUAGAUGUAGUGAAGAUUACCCUGCAAUGUUAUACUUCCGGGUGUGAGGUAUCCAAAAUACACACCCACCCAGUAUAUUGCUCUGUGUUAGAACAGCUUUAUAAUGGCAUUGAAAAAAAAAGUUUACCCAAAAAUGCAAAAUGUACUCGCCCUGAGGCCUUCCAAGAUGUGCAUGAGUUUGUUUCUUCAUAAGAACAGAUUUGGAGAAACCAGUGGAUCCUCUGCAGCAAAUGGGUGCCGUCAGAAUGACGGUCCAAACAGCUGAUAAAAACAUCACAAUAAUCCACAAGCUGCAUGUUUGUAAGAAACAAAUCACUUAACUUCAGACUGUUGUCUCCAGCUUAAAUACAAAUUGCCUAUUCAUAACAUUGCUUUCUCCAAUAAAAAAAAUUGUCAUGUCUGAAUCAGGAGAGAAAUAGGCACAGAUCAAGUACAAGCCAAAACAGUCCAAAAUAGAGGAUAGACUUUUUCACUGGAGGUGUUAUUAUGGAUUAUGAACUCAUAUUUUGGUCAAAAGUGACAAUUUGAAGUUAAAACGCCUUAAUGAUGUAUUUCUUUAUUAUAAAAAAUGCAGUUUCUUGUUCUCAAGAUGUUAACUGAUGGACUGGAGUGGUGUGGAUUACUUGUGAAUUAUUGUGAUGUUUUUAUCAGCUGUUUGGACUCUUAUUCUGACGGCACCCAUUCACUGCAGUGGAUCCAUUGGUGAGCAAGUGAUGUAAUGCAAAUCUCCAAAUCUGUUCCUAUGAAGAAACAAACUGUUAGGGUCAGUAAAUGUAAAUUUUUGGGUGAACUGUUCCUUUAAUGAAACUGGUUACUAAUAUAUAGAACUAGGGAACGCAAAAUUCACAUUGCAUUGAUAGAGUUUACAAAAGUGCACUUCUUGAAACUUGAUUUCAGGAAUCAGGAUGCAAGUGAGCAUUUGGAAUCACUGUAGAAUAAAGCAAGUUAUGAUUUCUUGUUUUGUUCUGUUACAUAUAGAAAUGUAUUUAGCUUGAAUCUUCAGAAAACGAAAACACAAAAUUAUGAGUUUUUUCACUGUUACAUUAAACCCAAUGGUUAAUGAGAGCACAUUAUAUCAGAGAGACAGCAUUGUCACGUACCCAAAAUUUAUUUCACAUAUUAAAUAUUCUUUAUAUAAUAUAUUUACUAUGGCAAUGAAAGCCUAAAGAUUGUUUGAAUUUUAUUGUAUACUGUCCUUAUAUAUUUAGUGGUGUAUAAAGUGUGAUGCGCUCAUGUGCUGCUUGAUGCAUCACUAACUUAAGUGCUGUUUAAAGUGAAAUGGACUAGUUGUAAUGUUUCUUUGAUACCAUCUAAAUUAUAGUAAACAUAUCUGUCAUUUAUUAACUGUAAGAUGUUGGUUAUGGUGUGAUGUAAAGGUAUAAGGAAAAGGGAAAGUGCUAAACUGCUUUCACGUCUUUAAUUGUGUAAAAUAUUGUCUUGUAAGCACAGAGGAUCUAGUAUUGAGCACACUAAGCAUUUAUCCUACACUAAAUCUGUGCUGUUGGUCACAUUGCUCAUGCACAAGCCCCUAAAUGAAUUUCAGUGUCAUUGAAAGACAUUAUGAAAUAUUGUAAUGCUUUUUCAUCAUGACAACCUGAUCUGAGCAAGUCACUGUAUUGAGAGUGGAAUACUAGCAUACUUACACUAUUCAAAAUCUGUUAAAAAAUGUAAUACUUUUGGUCAGCAAGGAUGCAUUAAAUUAAUCAAAAGUGUCAGAAAAGACAUUGAUAAGCAGCAAAUCAGCAUAUUAGACUGAUUUCUGAAGGAUGAUGUGACACUGAAGACUGGAGUAAUGAUGCUAAAAAUUCAGCUUUGCAUCACAGGAAUAAAUUACAUUUUAAAAUAUAUUUAGAUAGAAAAGAGUUAUUUUAAAUUGUAAUAAUAUUUCACAAUUUCACAGCUCUUACUGUGCUUUUAAUCAAAUAAAUGCAGCCUUGGUGAGCAAAAGAGACUUCUAUGAAAAACCACAUUAAAUCAACAAGUGGCAUUUGGAAGUAAUAUCGUCAUUUCCAAUUGUGUACUGCACAUUUUAUAACAUGUCGAACUAGUAGGUCAUCCUAGUAUUCCAUGCAUACACAAAAUGCUUUUAUUACAAAAAUAGUAUGUUUAGUAUAACAGUACGCUAUUCAAAUGAGCACAAUAAUGGGGCUUGUAGUCAUUUGGGCUGAUUAGUAGCAGCUGCUCAUCUUUGUUACUAAAUUAUCAUCAUUGUACAAUCUGUGAAGGUUAAUCAUGAAGUCAGGCUAUAAAGAGCUCCUAGAAAACACAAGCGUGGCUCUCUAACACUGCAGAGGCUUAAUGAUGUGCAUAAUACUUGUGUGGGCCAAACAGACUGUUAUGUAUUCAAAUGAAAUGCAGUACCACAGUACUUUUGAGCCAAUCACUCUGUUUUUUUUAAUGUAGAGAGCGGGGGUGUUUGAAUUGCAUGUGUACAAUGUGAGCUGUGCAUUUGAAGUCUGUAACCACUUCAUGUAUGUUCAAGGCAAACGUGUCACCUUUUUAUACUGUUUCCAUGCGUGAAAUAAAUCUUUUUGUUGCUAUA